AUGACUUCCAGACGAGACAAGGCUACUGCCACCCCUUCCAAAGGUAGCGUUGGGGAUGGCCCGGCCUGGCGCCGCCCCGUCACUGAUGAAGUUCACACCAGCGUGAUCGCGGACGUCGUCGCCUCAUUUACUUCUUCCCUCGCCGAUCCCGCACACCCCACUACAUGUGGCAAGCACAUCAAUGGCUGUCUUAUUUCGUUGAAGAAUUACGUCGGAGGCGCUGCCAUCUUCACAGAACUUCGAACCAAUCAUCACCAGUUCUAUGCCACGUGCAUGUCGUUCCUUUCCUGUCCGCCCAACAGUGACAGGGUCGCAGAGGAGCGGCAACGGAAACUCCAAACCUGCAAUUGCAACCUGGCAGACGACGAACUUUCUCAAGUUCUUCAUACUCAGGGCAACGGCCAAUUCCCCGACUUGAUGACUGUUUUCUCCAACAUUUGCAUGUUCGUGCAUGCCGCCUUGGGAGUGGCUAAGGCUGAAGGAAACGUUCACAAGGUGGAGAUGAAUCAGAGAAAAGCUCUUGAAAAAGGGCUGAAGGCUCCUCUCUGGCCCGUCGAACCCCUUGAUCUGUUUCCCCUGGGACCAGAUCGUACUAGUCAGGCCUUGGAGAAAUGGAUCAGACGCUACCCGCUCCCUCCGCUGCUCGGGCUCCUUGGCUCCUACCUCGAGAUCACCAAACAGGCUUUCCUCCCUCACUUCAUUUCCUCUUCUUUUUUUCCCGGGUUCUUCGUUGACGCGAUAAAGAACGAUAUCUACGAGAAAUGGAAGCAGCUAAAGGACGUCGACGGGUCAUAUUGCGCAGAGAGUCUCGCCUACCUCAAAGAUGCAGCUUUGGUCCCUCGUCAACUCAUGAAUCUCUGUACAGAGGGGCAGAUUGCCCAGUUGGCUCGAAAAGCCGAAGCUCAAGCAGGUUCUAUCGUCGAGCUCUGCGGCUUCGUCCACGAAUGGUUGCCGAAACUGAUCCUUUCGAUGAUCUCGCCCGAAGCCAUCUCGACGUACAGGGCCGUCAACAUUAUGAAUUCGGAGACGACACAAAGCGACAUGCGUUACAUAGCGACUAUCUUCCUUGAGUUCGGGGCGUUGACUCAUGCCCGUCUUGAGCAGGAGAAGGAUCCGAAGGGCACGGCAUUUCAGACGUUCAUGAGUUUUUACCACGACCAGCGGUGUUAUGCUCCCGGUUGUGAAGAGACGUACGCGGAGGCGGGCAGAAAGUUCGCGUCGUGCUCUGGGUGCAGUCGGGUCCCAUAUUGCUCCAAGUCAUGUUUGGCAGCGGCGUGGAAGCAUCCCCGUAUUCCUCACAAAGCGGUGUGCAAAUUGAUUCGUGAGCUGGCCGACAAGAGUGGUAUUCCGGCCCACCCUGUUAUGGAGAAUCGAGAUGCUUUCGUCAAAGCCAUCAAAGGCGACGAAUACAAUGAGCUCGUUGUCGCGGUAUCCCGCCAUUUUCAAGUCUUGCGCAAGGAGCUGUCGAAGGCUGAAACCCUUGUGAAGCUCAGAGGAAUGUCUUCCAGGCGUAGGACCACUCGCACCAGCGUUAACUUAGAUGCCGGGGCCAAUACGCCAGACACUUCGAGCGUAGUGUCCUCCUUCGUCUCGUCUCUUUCCGACCCUACGAAUCCCACCACUUGUAGCAAGCACCUUGUUGGGUCUUACGAAGACUGGGAAUUCUCCUCGUUCAGCUCGUGA